GCUUCAGAGGACACCUAGAUUAUUGCUGACCCUUGAGAUUUAGUCAGUACUGUAUGCACAAUGGGAUUCGGGACUGUUAUUAUAAAUACUGGCAAAAUCGGAACUUCUCUCCAGACCGUAGCUCUGUCCGGACAGAGUACUCAAUAAUGCGACUCAUUGGAGUUAUUCUGCUUGCUCUGUUGGCAAGAGCGCAGGAUCCCUCUUGCAAAUAUUUGGGUAGUGCCGAAGUUCCUGAUCUAUCAAAAGAGGGAGACAUCAUAAUCGGAGGUAUCUUCUCAUAUGACACUUUGAAUAUCGAAGUGAAGCAUGAAUUCAAAGUUAAACCAACACUUUUCAAAUGCAAGCGAAAGAACUACAGGGAAUAUAAGCUUGCCCGUACGAUGGUCUUCACCAUUGCGGAGAUUAACAGGAAUAACAAGCUGCUCCCAGGUGUCACACUGGGCUACAGGAUCUACAAUGCCUGUGGAGACACCAACAUCCUCAAUGCAGCGUUGGCGGCUGCAGCUGGGCCAGAGAACUGCAGCAGUGCCAGGGUGCAGGCACUAAUCGGCCCCCCCUCAUCAGGAGCCAGUAGCACAGCCGGAAAAGCCAUUGCCCCUUUACACAUUCCACUGGUGAGAAUCACUGUACAGUUCUGCUGA